GUUGCAAGGGCCUUCUGUCGUAUUCUCUCAGCAGGCGAUAUGAAUGACUCGUGUUCGUCCCUGUUCCGCGUAAGGAUCAUGGCACUCGUGCCGCAAGGAUAGGGUGCUAUGCUUCUUUGGUAACCCGCCAAAGAAAUAUAAACACCUAUUAUACCAGAGCAAGUCAGGUCGCCUGCAGGUGAAGGCGUGUUGCCCAUCUUCGCCCUUGUCUGCCAUCUCAGGCUGUUCUAUCCUCCCUCAUUGCUUCACAAUGACCUCAAGCAAACGGGCCACAAAGGCCGCUCAGGUCGACCCGUAUCAGGCUCUGAAUACCGCUCAACCCAGUCGACAAGCUACGACUGGUAAGAUCCGCGGUAAAGCGAAAGAGCCCAAGAAAGCAGACAGAGACGAACGCCAACGCGAAGAAAUCCGCUUCAACCUUGGCUACUCUUUUAGAGAUACUCGCAGUGGCGCUAGUGCCCGUCGCAGACAAGCAAGAGUGCGAGAAGAUGGUGAUACUUCGGACUAUCCACCACCUCCAACUUACGAGGUAGCGACUAGUCCUACCCUGUCUAGUCUUGCAUCAUCUGCGCUUGCAUCAUCUACAUUCGUGGCCGGGGUUCAUAUACACCCAGAACUUUUGCCUGUUGCAAAUCGCACAUCCUCUUCGGGCUCUACACAGCCCACAGCUACGCAUGAUAACGUCAUUAUGCACACAGAUCCACCAAUAUCCGCAGUCACUGCGAAUCCUUUAUCGAUAUCAAAACCCACACCUGCGUUGUCGCCCUUGAUGAUGCCCUUGCAUGUGCCGAGUCCCACGCUUGCGCAUGCGCCGAAUCUUUCAUCAGGGUCUUGCGCCUUUCCGGUCCCAGUACAGCAGAAGGCACUACUUGACGACGACGAGUCAAGCAUAGAGCUCGUGGACGUAGAUCCACCUCAGAGAUGGGAAAUGGAUCGACAACGUGGAGUUCCUCUCGAGGAAAGGGUGACGAGGCACCAUCAGCGGUCGGUAGAAUCACAUGUUCCAGCCGUGCCGCAGCGGACCCGAUUGUUUAGUCAGGCUCCAAAACGAAGCCCUACUUCUCAGUCUCGUUUCGCGAACUCUCGAUUGUCACUCAGGAUUCCCGAGGAUCAAGAUCCAUAUUCGGACGACCGCAGCGUGCAGGCAGCAUCUGAUGCAUCUUCUCCAGCUACGCCUAAACACAAGCUGCCUCUGCCUCUGCCGAGCCUUCCCCUUUCUCCAUCGAGGAUAUUCCAUAGGUCUCAGUCACCACAACCCUCAUCAUCUGUCAUCUCACUGUUGCGUAACCCCAAUCCAUUCUUCAAGAGCACACCUUCACUGCUCAAUCUAUCUUCACCUUCUGCACUUCACGGUCACGGAGAUCAUCACUUUUCUCGAAAGCUCUUCCAUCGGAAACAGAAAGAGCGCGCAGGUGCCGAAUCCUUAGAGGACUGGGAAGUCUUGGAUCGCACUGACUCCUCUCACUCCUCUUUGGAUGACUCCCCCGCUCCCCCAAGCCCGGCUCCUGCACUGCGCUCAGGCUUUGCAGAGACGUGGCCUUAUCCCGAUACCAUUAUGGAAGAUACCCGCAGCUCAAAUACAAAUCGACACCCAUACUGUUCUAGCAUUCGGACUAUACUUCCGGCUGAAGAUCGCCCACAACGUCCGGCUUCUCCUCCAUUUGUAAAUCGGCAUGUUCGGAGGCGCACGAAUUCCAGCUUGCGUAGCGAUCACACCUGCGCAUCGAGCGCCCCAGUAUCUCCAAUUUCUUCGUCUUCCGCUUCCCUCUUUAGCUCCUCGAGCUUGUCGUUGGCUACAGUCGGAAGGACGCUUCCAUCCUUCUCUCAGCAGGAUCUUGGCGUUUGCGAGGAAUUGGAGAGAUCUCGUCUUCCUACUCGUGGGAUAACGUUGAGGGACUCUCCAACCCUGUCGUCCCUAUCCUUAUCUCAACCUUCAGUGGGAAGGGCACUUACUUCCUUCUCGCAGAUGAACUUGGGAACUCAUCAAGUUCCGCAUGAGCAUGUUCGUUCACAUUCGACGCCUCGUGCUGUUGCCCAGCCAGAGCUUCCAAAGACUACCCGCACCCAUGCCAGAGCUUCUCCAACAUCAGCUUCAGAAGUGACCUACAUUGACUACAAUGUGGCGCCUGCCACACCCAUUUCAGUGCCCAAUAACUCGUUGCCCACCAGGUCUGCAACAGAGCGAGUCUCGCGUCGUCGUACUCCCGCACGCCGCGAGGAAAUUCUCAUUCAUCGUGGACGGUCCUUGUCACGUGAGUUGGAGAUGCGAAGUGCUCCUGCGUAUAGUGCGAUCUUCCCCUCGGGACCGCCUACCCCACCUCCAGAGUCACAUACCCCCCCGUACAGCCCUGCCCCUGCAUCGCCUCGGCGUCACUAUGCAGGCCGUCCUCUACCACAAACCCCAUCCACAUCACCCUCUCUUACAUGGCUUGUAGGCCGGACACCGGAUCAGAAGGCUUCCACCACUGUUCCAGUCUUGCACCACCCCAGGGCUAUCCCCAAACACCUGCAUGUGCCCGAGGGACUGUUGAUUGAUUUGGACGACGACAGCCUGGAUCAACUUAGCCCCUCUAGUGCCAGUUAUACCCCUCCCCUCCCCACUCACACACCCCCGUUGCCAAAUCGCACUCCCCCUCUCCCGGACAGCACGCCCAUGAUACCUGAUCGUACUCCACCUGCGCGUACUCCGCCGCCUCUCCCCAUUGACUACCUCGAGGACGAUAUUGACAGUGAUAGCGUCACUGUGGGCAGUUCCAGUCCUCGUGGGCCACUCACACCAACAUCAACCACGUUACCAUCUUCGUGCACAGUCACAUCACCCGCAUCCGAAUACAUCACUGGCCUCGUUGGCAGCCUAGGAGAUGGUCACCCCCGCGAUGACGGCUCAAAUUAUGACGUGAGUAUUCGGGAUGCACAGUUCUCGGGCCCGUACUUGAAGUCACCCACAUACGCAGGCCCUCCUUCUCAUCUCCGAUUUCAUCGGUCCUGCCGCAUCACACCGCAAUCCUGACAGUUUAGAUAACUGCC